CCCGCACCCCCCCCUUUUGCACCCCCUACCCGUUCACACCACAACAUGACCCCCACGUCCAAGAUCACCCCGUCGUACUACGGCUACGUCGGAUCGACCAAUGAUGCGCUCCUUAUCAUCCAGGCGGUGAUUGAGAAACAACUCGAACCGAUCCCACGGCGACCACUUGAACGUGAGAGACCAAGCUUGAUGAAAUCCGGGAAUGUGUUUGUGUUCAUUGAGGAGCAAUCAGGAAUCAAACGAUGGACCGAUGGGAUCGCAUGGUCCCCCUCGAGAAUCUUGGGAAGAUUUCUUGUGUACCGCGAGUUGGAUAAACACUCGUUGAAUGAAAAGGAUGACAAGAAAAAAAAGAAACGUAAGACGAGUUUUGACCAGGAUCCUUUGGAUUCAAAGCAAUUGAUGCCACCGGCCCAACAAUUGUUACAACUGCUGGAACCGUACAAUGACGACUUUAACAAGCAAUUGGUUGGCUCCAUGGUAUCGUCAUAUGUGUUUAAGGACCAGGGCUUGAUCAAGAAGACGUUGCUGUUGUCGGUUUCCGCCAGCACCGCCGCCGGAAGUGCCAGUUCCGGGGCCAGUUCCGCCCUCGGAAUUGACCACCCCAAGGGCUCCUCCUCCUCACGACCUGGCCACCAUCAGGGCGCCAAUUCUGGCGGCGCCGGCGGCGCGCUGGCCGAGGACAAAAUCACCAUCCACCUCAUUUCGUACUACAAUGCCGACGACGUUCUCAAUGGGAAACUCCAUCGGCCGUCGGUGACGGACUUGAAGGACAUGCACAUCCCCAACGAGCUCUGGAGCGCCAUCAAGGAGAGCUCACUCGGCGGCAAGAUCCCGAUCGAGGACGAGGCGUUCUACUUCCUCGACACCAACUACCAGCUCCAGAACAUGUCGCUGUUGCUGCAACCGCCACUGGCGCAACAGGCUUGGGGUCAGCCCCAGCACCCUCACCAGGGACCCCACGGCCAAUCACUGGUGCCUCCUCCGUCUGCGGCCCAUGGCCAGCACCCACAACACCCACAACAACAACAGCACCACCUCCAGCAACAGCUCCCACAACACAUCCUCCAGCAGGGGCUCUUCUUCUCCCAGGGAGGGAAGUACCCUGGCCAGGGCGGCGGCGGCGGCGGCGGCGGCAACCCCAACCACAACCCCAUGCAUCUUCUCCCCAUGCCGCUUCCCCAGAAGGACGACGAUUUGCAGCAGCCACCGCCCCCUCAACAGCAGCAGCAGCAGCAGCAGCAGCCACCACCACCCAACGAGUUGACCUUUAUCAACCCGUUCACCGGCGCCAUCCAGCCCCUGUCCAACGGACCCAACGGCUCGUCCUUGGUGGGCCACCGUGGGUCCGGGUCCGGGUCUGGGUCUGGUGGGUCCGGGCCUGGUUCUGGCCCCGGCUCUGGCGCUGGUGGUCCCGGCCCUGCCCCCAACUACGGGUCAGGACUCCCCUACUUCAGUAACUACUUGAUCCCGCCACCACAGGCCCCCACCAACCUGUUCCUCGACAACCCAACGGGCUCGUCGGCGUCUGCGUCCGCCUCCAACGCGUCCCCCUACGCCAACUUCCAGCCGCCCCAACAGCAGCAACAGCAACAACAACAACAACAACAACAACAACAACAGCAGCACGCGUUCCCGCCGUUCCCCCUGCACUUCCAGCAGAUGCUCCCGCAGCAGUACCAGACGCUGGGGGGCGGCGGCAAUGGCGGCGGAGGACUCCCUGGCGGGCCCCCUGGUGGAAUCCCCGCGGGGCCUCCUGGAGGCCCCAACUCGCACGCCUACCAACACGGCUCGAUUCUGAACUCCAGCGAGUACUCCGUGGGCGGAAACUCCAACGGCUCGAUCUCGUCGGUUGGGUCCACCGUGGUUGACGGCACCGGGAGCGGCGGCGGCGGCGGCGGCGGCAGCAGCGGUGGCAGCGGCUCCGUCUCGUCCCUCUCGGGCAUAGCGCCGCCUCCAUCGUCCUUGGGGAAGAAGCUCACACGCAACAGCAUCGGCCACGGCAGCUGGUUCACCACCACCAACUCCAACAACCCUAACCCUGGCGGAUACGUGGCACCCCCACCACCUCCGCUCCCACUUGGUCUGGGGCUUGGGGGCGACGGCUCCGGUAGUCUUCUCCACCACCACCACCACCACCACCAACACCACGCCGGAGCCGACGACUCCAACAACCAGGCGGCCUACGCGCCCAGCUCCAACUACAGCGGCGCCACCUAACCCCCCCCCCCUCUCCUGCCAGUGCUGACGCCCACCGCCGCCACCUGCCGCGUGUUUCAAUUCUCCUCCUUCACUUUGGGACCACUUACAUUCCACCGGAGUGCUACAAGAACGACACCACCACCACCACCGCAGGGACGGGCCAUGGCCGGUGUCAGGGGGCCCCGGCCCUGGGGCCCCCGAACGGACUUAAUUAUCAAAAAUGUAUUUAUUCUAUGUACAAGCUAUCUAUGACCCGGACGCUAAGGCGACACAUACACACACACAC